CACGGUGACAAUGACACCACGGACAGCCAAUUGAGCUUCAAAAAAUGCGACCCAUCGUCGCUUCACCAGGCACCAGCGCGUCCCCUAGCUCAUCACGAGUCAACUGCUUGGACCUGUCACGAGGCAACUGCAUGGAAGGCGGCGGCGGCGGCGGUGACCGGGCCGCUGCCACGCCCACGCGUAUGACCACCGUAUCGCGGCACUACUUCGGAGGCAGUGCGUCCGAGCGCCACCACGACCUCCGGGUCGACAUCAUCGAGAACAUCGAAGAGGACUACGGCAUGUUUGUCUGGCCAUGCAGUGUCAUUCUUGCAGAGUAUGUCUGGCAGCAGAGAUCACGGUUCUCUGCUUCCAGAGUUGUUGAGCUUGGUGCGGGAACCUCACUGCCGGGAUUAGUAGCUGCAAAGGUUGGAGCAGAUGUAACACUAACAGACAUUGCACAGAAUACAGAAGUACUAAACAACAUCAGAAGCAUAUGUGCUCUCAAUAACGCCAGUUGUACUGUUUCAGGACUUACAUGGGGAGACUGGGAUGAAACGGUAUUUGAUUUACGUCCUGACAUUAUUCUUGGAGCUGAUGUACUUUAUGACUCAUCAAAUUUUGAUGAUCUGUUCGCCACGGUGACCUUUCUUCUCGAAAAUUCUUCUGGGGCGGUUUUCAUAACCACAUACCACAACCGCAGUGGUCAUCAUCUGAUUGAGUUUUUGAUGGUCAAGUGGGGCUUGAAGUGUUUGAAACUCCUGGAUGGUUUCUCCUUCCUCCCACCAUGCAAGGCUGCUUCACUUCAGGGGAAUAUUCAGCUUGUUGAAAUCACGCUUGACAAGGAAAAACAUAAAUGACCCUGGGGUGAGGUGAGGGAGCUUAUUUCAUGGGUCAGAAAAUCUGCAAGCGUAUGUGAUUCAGAAUGAUUUAUGCUUCGUGGGUUACACGUUUUACAGGAGUUGAUGAAAAGCACAUAGAAAUAAAAUGCCAUAUUUGGUCCUCUGCAUACAUGAUGUAGCGAGCGGCUCCAUGUCAAUUCAUCCAUUUGGACUGUCAUCACAAGGAUUUUCUUUUUAAUUUUAAAGAAGUCAUCGGUUCGUUCUAACUGCGAAAAAAAUGUAGAUUGCCUAAAAAACGUGCAGAGAUGCCCAUCUGUUUAUUCA